AAUAUUAUAUUCGACGACGGUGAAGCCAACAUUAGCUGCGGUCCUUUUUGGCUCUAUGGUGGAAGCCGAGUUGUAAGAUCUUCGUUAGGAGAUUUUGAAAAUCCAAAUUAAUCACGAAUACAACGAGUCUGCGGCGAAAUGUCCGAGCAGUUGGAGUUGAAAGGGACCCUUAGAGGUCACAAUGGCUGGGUUACGCAGAUAGCCACCAACCCCAAGUUUCCAGAAACGGUGCUCUCAGCGUCGAGGGACAAGACCCUGAUCCUGUGGGAGCUGACCAAGGAUGAGACGAGCUAUGGCAUUCCGAAGAGGCGUCUCAGGGGCCACGGCCACUUCGUCACGGACGUGGUCAUGUCGUCGGACGGACAGUAUGCCCUGUCCUGUUCGUGGGACAAGACCCUCAGGCUCUGGGACCUUAUUGUUGGCCGCACGACGCGUCGCUUUGAAGACCACCAGAAGGAUGUGCUGAGCGUGGCGUUCUCUGCCGACAACCGCCAGAUCGUGUCUGGCUCCCGGGACAAGACCAUCAAGCUGUGGAACACACUGGCCCAGUGCAAGUACACCAUCGAGAACGCCCACGCGGACUGGGUAUCGUGCGUGCGCUUCUCGCCCAACAACAGCAACCCAAUCAUAGUGUCGUGUGGCUGGGACUACGAGGUGAAGGUGUGGAACCUGACCAACUGCAAGCUGAAGAAGGCCCACGACGAGGACCACAAGGGCUACUUGAACACCGUGACCGUCUCCCCCGACGGGUCCCUUUGCGCCUCCGGUGGCAAGGACUGCCAGGCCAUGCUGUGGGACUUGAACGAGAGCAAGAGGUUGUACACCCUUGACCACCAGGACAUCAUCAAUGCCCUCUGCUUCAGCCCCAACCGCUACUGGCUCUGCGUCGCUACCGGGUCAGCCAUCCGCAUCUGGGACUUGGAGGGCAAGAGCCUGGUGGACGAGCUGCGGCCGGAGGUGAUGACGACCAACGCCAAGGCGGAGCUGCCCCAGUGCAUCUCAAUGGCUUGGUCUGCGGACGGACAGACCCUGUUCGCUGGAUACACGGACAACCUGAUCAGGGUCUGGCAGGUGUCUAACGGCGCCACCCGCUGAGCAUUGUGGACCCAAUAAAAGUUUAUUUGUGGUGUA